AACGCAUGUCGUACGAUAUAUAUUCGAUUCACCGAAAUGAGAAAUUCAGUGUUACAAGUGCAGUUAUUUAAGUUAAUAGUUAAUAAAACUCGUAACAAAUAAAGGAAGAAAUUUAUUAAAAUGAAGAAGCUUCUUAUUGUGGUCUGUGUAUACUUUUUCGUGUUUAAAUCAAUAGAAUCGGAAACGACGGAAUAUAUUGAAAAUAUGUCGAACGAAACUUCCAACGAGGACUUUUGCUUCAAUAUGAGUGGAAUAGAUCCUGAACAUUUGUUCUUCUUGAAUCACAUAGAAAGAUUGGAAAAAUCAGAAAGGGAGGAAUUUAAAUACAAAAUUGGUUGUUACGCGUCAUGUCUUUUUCAACAGUACAAAGUUAUGGAUGGUCCCCACAUUCAAAUAUCGGAUAUGAUCGAGUUGUUCAAAUCGGACUUAAAGUUCUACGGACCAUACAUACAAAAGGAAAUUGACGAAUUCCCCAUUACUAUAGAAAUGUGUGCCAAACAAGUCGAAAUAAUAACCGACGCGUGUGAAGUGGGAUGGAAAUUUGUAAAAUGUAUGAAGCUAAUAUCAAAUCGUGACAAAUAAUAAAAAAAA